CGGCGCGUGUGAUUGAGAUGGCUGUAAACUAAAAAUGAUAGUCUUGAGAGAGACGCGUAUUCUAAAAUGGAAAAACAUUGCGCACAAGCUGAAAAGCUCUCAGUGUUAUAGACCAUACGAAAAAACGAGUGUAAGACUGGGAACGAGCACCACGAAUAAUGUGAUUUCAAAAAUAUAUUAUAUAAUACUAAAAGUAUUUAAAUAUCUAAUCUAUGUCUAAAAUGUAAUCUAUUUUUUAAACUAUUUUUGAAUCUUUCUGUAUUAACUCUUGGUAAAGAGACUACUCUUAUUUCUAAGAUGGUUGGAUGACUGCUUUGUGUUAGGUAAAUAUUGAAAUAGAGAAUGCAGAUACGGGUUGAAAACUUUAAAUAUAGAGGUUUUGCAACACCACGUGACGGCAGCCAUGUUAGAUGGCAGGAACAAUACAAUCGUUUUACAUGAGAAAGAAUUGAAUUCCCGAGAGCACAGGGAUUUUAUUGUUCUGCCAUCUAGCCACAUGCAGUCCAAGCAGUAUUAUGGCGCCGGCACGUGAUGGUGCAAAACCUCUUCUGCAAAAAGCCUAAAUAUGAUGUCACAAUGGAUCGAGCAAAUAGUACUUUUCCCACAGGACCAGACUUGAAUUCUUCGUCUCAAAGAUGCAGUGUCAUUCCAGACGACACCGAUGCCGAGAUCAUCAUCAAGAUCUUCUCACUCUCAGUGAUUCUAUUUCUCUCUACCUUUGGUAACAUUCUAGUCAUUGGCGUGGUCCACAAAAACAAAUCAAUGCGUCACAAAUCCAUCAACCUUUACAUCGUCAAUCUCGCAACUUCGGAUCUUCUACUUGCUCUGGUUUUUAUCCCGGGGACUAUAUGUGAGCUUUUGAACGGGCAAGGCACCUGGCUUAUCACAGGAUUUAUUGGGGAAGCAACGUGUAGACUGGUGUACUUCAUACAAGAUGUGUCAAUUGCUGUAUCUGUACAGAGUUUGGUCGUAAUCGCAUUUGAUCGCUUCUGCGCAGUCGUUUAUCCACUGCGCAUCACAACAACCUCGUCUACAAUUCGUCUAAUUGUGAUCCCCAUGACAUGGCUAGUGGCCUGUGCGAUACACGCCAGCUAUUUCUUCACCUACAAACUGCAAUGGAAUCCCCAAGAUAACACUACGAUGUGCAGACACAUUUGGUCGACAGAUAAGAAUGAGCACGAUGACAUAAUGCUGAAACAUUACUUGGCAAUGUUCUGUUUGUUUUUUGCGAUACCAGUUUUGCUCCUAGUGAUCUUGUACUCGUUAAUCUUUGCCAAACUGAGGCUGCGGAGUCAAAAAAUGAGUCUGCGCACUUCGGGGACGAUAGAACGGCGCAGAGAACAAGAAUGGAACGUUUUGAAGAUGGCUUUUGCAAUAGUUUUGGCUUUCUUCAUGUGCUACGGCCCUUUAAAUGUCGUUGUCUUCUUCAUCAUCUUCAAAUGGGGUACAAUUGGAGAUGCUUGCAAUAUCAAAACGAUAUUGUUCAUCACAACGUUUCUAUUCCUGUUCAACACGGCGCUCAAUCCAUUCAUUUAUUUCAUCUUCAGCGAGAACUUCAGGCUAGGAUUUGUGCGGAUGUUCGUGCGCACCUCAAAACAUGGCUCAGGAAAGUGCUUCCUGAAGAGUAUCAAAAAGAUACGAACAACGGAUUAUGAAAGUGGCCAUAGAACUGUGUACAACGUUAUAGAUACGGCUGUUUGAUGAUACCCGAACUGAUAAGACAAUGAGAAUCAAGAUGUAAGGCGGGAUGAGGAAAACCAGUCGUAGACACUUACCUGUAGUGAUAUGCCAUUUGAUACAACUUUUAACUCCAUGAAAAGUAGGUUUACACUAGUUUUAAGUAAGGUAUAUCAAGUUUAGUUUUCAAAUUAGGUGAUUAAUAUUUAACAAUUCAGUAUUCGCCGAAGGCGAAGUGAAUAUCGGGGAAUAUUUACCGAGACACGAGUCUUCGAGCUGAGGCAAAUAAUUGUUUUAGUAUAGAUACACAGAUUCU